AGCUACCGUCACGAUCUCACCGUUCCUCCUCUCACUCCACGCCAUGUACCGUCACAUCUGGACAGCCCUCAUGGUGGGCGUGGUCAUCGUGAGCGUGUUUCAGGUGAGCGUGACUCAGGCCAAGCCCGACCCCAACCAGUUGGCUGCCAUGGCUGACGCCCUCAAGUACCUGCAGGAACUGGACAAGUACUACUCCCAGGUAUCACGACCCAGCCUUCGUUCGUCGCCAGGUCCCGCCUCCCAGAUACAGGCCCUGGAAAAAGCCCUAAAAUUCCUUCAGUUACAAGAGUUGGGCAAAAUGUAUUCCCUUAGGGCCAGGCCGCGAUUCGGAAAGCGUAGCGAGUAUGCCAUGGUUCCUGGUGAUGCUUUGGUGAGUUACGACGGAAGCGAGUGAGAGACUCCUGGAGACGCUGGCUCGUAAGAGGUGAACAUAAUAUGAUUCCCUCCUACCACUACCACCACCCCACCCCCCCUACUGACGUCACCCCUCCCUCCCUCUUCCCUAUCACCGUCGGCCCUACUCUUUCUCUCUCUCAGGUUUCCUUUUCACUCCUCACCUGAGCCUUCCUUCUCACUAAGCUUCCCUGAGACUCAGAUUUAAGCUUCCUGGCUACUCUUCACCUUCAUCAUCGUCUGGUCCCUAACUCUGACUUCCAUCUUUCACCUUAAUUACCUACAGAUAAAUCAUUAAUAAAACUUAAUUUUCUCAACCUCUAAUCUCAAAUCUUCAAUCAAACCCACUGUAACUUUCAACCACUUGCCGUCCACACCACUCUACUAGUUCAGCUGGCUUACUCUUCACUACUCGUUUCUCACCAAGAACCGCCGACUUCCCAAGACCCCCUUCACAGGACGCCGUUUUAAUACCCUACCCGGCAGCCCCUCCCCCCCCACCCCCCCUCCCCAAGAGUGACGCGUCAGCUGGUUGGAGGUUCCAGCUAAGAAAUAAUUUCGACCAAUAGACAGAGAGAUCCAGCCCCUUUGGACCAGCAGGCGCGCCAUCUACCGGCGGUGUUCUCCACAUGUUCUUCUUGAUACCUCUGUAGUUAUGGCAUUCGAGAAAAUAAACAAAUGCACGUUGUGUAUUAAAUGUGGUACA